GAGGCGGCCCGAGGCGCGGCCCGGACGUGGGGAGGCGCCGGCAUCCUCGCGGAGCUCGGGGCGCACUUGGCCUCGAGCCUCCCGCCCCCUCCUCCGGCUGCAGCGACGAGGGGCGGCGACGCGCGGGAGGCCAGGACGUCACCGGCGCGGUCGAGCCUCCAGACCGCCCCCGCGCGCCUUCCUCCUGUCUCCUGCGGUGACGCCGCGGCCCGGAGACCGGCACUCGCGCGCGCCCGCCCCAGCUCCUUUCGCGGAGGGGUCGAAGAUGGCGGCCUUCAAGCUGCUCUCGUCGGGGCUCCGGCUCGGCGCCUCCGCCCGCAGCUCUGGGGCUGCCUGGUGCAAGGGAUCUGUUUGCUACUUUUCAACAAGUAACCGUCACCAUACCAAAUUUUACAACGAUCCAGUGGAAGCUGUAAAAGACAUCCCUAACGGUGCCACUAUUCUGGUUGGUGGUUUUGGGCUAUGUGGAAUUCCAGAGAAUCUCAUAGGAGCUCUGCUGCAGACUGGAGUAAAAGGACUAACUGCAGUGAGCAACAAUGCUGGGGUUGACAACUUUGGCUUGGGCCUUUUACUUCGAUCCAAGCAGAUAAAACGGAUGGUCUCUUCAUAUGUAGGGGAAAAUGCAGAAUUUGAACGACAGUUCUUAUCUGGUGAAUUAGAAGUAGAGCUCACACCUCAGGGCACGCUUGCAGAGAGGAUUCGCGCAGGCGGAGCCGGAGUUCCUGCAUUUUACACCAGCACAGGGUUUGGGACCCUGGUGCAAGAAGGAGGCGCACCCAUCAAGUACAACAAGGACGGCAGCAUUGCCAUUGCCAGUAAGCCGAGAGAGGUGAGGGAGUUUAAUGGCCAACAGUUUAUUCUCGAAGAAGCAAUUACAGGGGAUUUUGCUUUGGUGAAAGCCUGGAAAGCAGACCAAGCAGGCAAUGUGAUUUUCAGGAAAAGUGCAAGGAAUUUCAAUCUGCCAAUGUGCAAAGCUGCAGAAACCACAGUGGUGGAGGUUGAAGAAAUUGUGGAUAUUGGGUCAUUUGCUCCAGAAGAUAUCCAUAUUCCUAAGAUUUAUGUGCACCGUCUUAUAAAAGGAGACAAAUAUGAGAAAAGAAUUGAGCGUUUAUCAAUCCGGAAGAAAGGUGAUGAGAAAGCCAAAUCUGAUAAGCCUGCGGAUAAUGUAAGGGAACGUAUCAUCCGACGAGCAGCCCUUGAAUUUGAGGAUGGCAUGUAUGCUAAUUUGGGAAUCGGAAUCCCUCUUCUAGCUAGCAACUUUAUAAGCCCAAAUAUGACGGUUCAUCUUCAAAGUGAAAAUGGAGUCCUAGGUUUGGGCCCAUAUCCAUUAGAACAUGAAGCGGAUGCAGAUCUAAUCAAUGCAGGCAAGGAAACAGUCACUGUUCUUCCAGGAGCCUCUUUCUUCUCCAGCGAUGAAUCAUUUGCGAUGAUUAGAGGGGGACAUGUUGAUUUAACAAUGCUAGGAGCAAUGCAGGUUUCUAAAUACGGUGACCUAGCCAACUGGAUGAUACCUGGGAAGAUGGUGAAAGGAAUGGGAGGGGCUAUGGAUUUAGUGUCCAGUGCCAAAACCAAAGUCGUGGUCACCAUGGAGCAUUCUGCAAAGGGAAAUGCACAUAAAAUCAUGGAGAAAUGCACAUUACCACUGACUGGAAAGCAAUGUGUCAACCGCAUUAUUACAGAAAAGGCUGUGUUUGACGUGGACAAGAAGAAAGGGCUGACUCUGAUUGAGCUCUGGGAAGGCCUGACAGUAGAUGACAUACAAAAGAGCACUGGGUGUGAUUUUGCAGUUUCACCAAAACUCAUCCCAAUGCAGCAAAUCACAACUUGAAAUGUGGAACAGACAUUUGUCGCCAGCUGCUAGUUUUUCAUUUUAAACUCAUAGGAUUUAAUUAAAAGGACAUCAGGAUCACAAUUGUAUAUUUAACAAGUUGUUUUUGUUAAGUUUUCUUCUAGUGUUUCAGGAGUUACACAGCCAUAUAGACUUUAUUCUCUCAAGCAUGUUACAACAUUUUAAUGAAAACAAAAGAAACAUAUUUAUGCUUACUUUGUUUCAUAAGUACUGAGAAGGUUAUUUUUACCAUUGGUGCUCUUAUCAGAUGUGCUCAUAUCUUCAUCUUGUAUAGUAAAUUAUAUGCAGUAUUCACUAAGGGGGCCCUAACAAGAGUUUCAUUGAUAUACUUUCCCUCAUAACUAAAUUAGGACUUAGUACUGAUUUAAUAAUGCAUAUGUGAAUUUGUUAUUUGGAAGAAUGUUCUCUUAGAGAUUAUUUUUCCUUCAGCUGACUUUCUUUGGGAGCUCUGAUUUUGUGAUUACAUCCUAUUUCCCUACACCAUCUCUCUCCCUUUAUAUUUUUUGAGUUAAAUAGAUACCCAAGAAAAGCAGGAGUGUCUCUGGGAAGAAAGGCAAUGGAUUUGUGAAGAACCAAGAAGGCACAGACUCUGGAUUGCUGCUGAAAGUUCAGCAAGACAUUGCCUUUAUGGACAACCAUCCACCCAUUUGUGCUUUGCCGAAGUCUGAAAAAAGGCUAAAAACUUAACUGAUUGACAUGGAUGCUUUUGAAGAUUUUAAAACAGCAUUGUAUUCCUUUAUAUCCAGAAAAAUGCUGAAGAUAACUUUCUUUUGCUGAGGCCCACUGGGCUGCCUGUACUUCUUAGGCCAACAAGGGCUGAGAGUAAUUUAUCAUUAGUUCUUGGUCAUAGGGAGAACAGAGUCAAAAGACAGGAAAACGACAGGUAUUUACUUUUCUGGGCUCACGUUUCUAUUCAGAAAAGACUCUAAGUAUUGAAUGAUUUUUCUACAGCACAAUUUUUUUUCUUUUACCCAGAAUACUUAGUUUCCUAAAGUACUUCUGAUUUAGCCUUAUCUGGAGAGAAACUCAUGAUGGGCAAGACCUGGCUGUGGAGAACUGGGAACUUUUGGUGUUGGUGCUGGAUGUGGCGGAGUAGAUUUACAAGAAGUGCUUUUUCAAGGUAUCAUCAACACCAGACAGAUAACAGUUACUGAGGCAGGAGGGUGGCUUUCAGAAGCAUCCUGCAUAUCAGAUGGGAGAAAGUGUAGACCUUCUGAAGGAACAAGGAACAGCUGGUCUCUCGAUAGACGUAGGCAUAUUACAGUGUAAUAUGUCAUUAUCUUGGCAUUCAGUAUAGGAAUUUAUUCAUAUUUUAGGUGAUAAUUGUCACUGAACUGCACUUGUCUCCUAGUAUAGUUACAGUUAUGUCAUGUAUAAUAUUCAAGGGAAAAGAGAAUUGUUUUUAAGAGCACCACACUCCGUAUAUUAAACAGCCUUCCAAGCAGGCUGCAUGGGUGAAAGUAUACACUCCCAGUACUGGUUAAAAACAACAACUUUUCAUAUAAUAUACUAGGUAAACAAGGGAAAUAUAUAUCUAUAUUAGAGUAAUAAUUUAGAAAAAUAUUUUGUUAGUUACUGUUGUAUUUUCAAUGUUAUUUGCUUAUCAUUCCAGUCUUUAACAUGUAAUUCUAAGAAUUUCCUAAACAGUGGCAGAAUCUAAGUUAAUAACUUAAUAUUCGUGAUCAAAGAGUGCAGAGAUGUUAACAAAUGCAUUAAGAAAUACAAUAAAGAUUCCAAGUUGGUAGAGA